AUGACACCCUCUCACCCCUCCACACAGAUCAAAACCCCAUGGCGCUGGCUCACCACCAAGACCCAGAAGAAAAACAGUGACAACAACAAUAACAACAACAAUAAAAAGCGCGCCACAGCCACCCCCCAGCCUACCAGCACCAAAAGAAAUUCCUUCACCAACCACACAAUCCUCCCUAAACCCCAAGCGGCCGUCCAUCGACUGCAGGAGCUCAAAAGCCCGCCUCCGAAUCCCAUACCACAGUCGCAGUCUUCGUCCGGCCCCGACGGCCUUGGCUUCAAGUCUCGACCCCUGUACAGACGAACUCGAUCCUGUCCUGCGACGACGGCUGAAGACGACGGGACCACGGGCGGUGCGCGUGGUGGGAAGAUGGCGCGAGCGGAGGCGGUGGUGGGGGAGGUGGGGGAGGCGUCUGGUGCGGGUCGUGCUGGACUGAAAGGUGAGGGUGGGGGAUGGAGGAUGGAUUUCGCAAGAGGGAGGGCCGGUGAGGGCGGAGGAGAUGCUGGUGGUGGAGGUGGUGGAGGGGGUUCUGGGGGUGGAGGAGAGGAUUCUAGGGCUGGGAGAGGGGGCUCUUCUGGUGGUGGCUGUGGAUAG